CAGUGACUUCUCAACUACGGUUGCCUAUUUGGUCAUAUUUGACCAAUUAAUUAAUUAUGCAUCAUGGGGAUAUCAGUUUACUGUUUGCCUGUUUUAACUGUUACCAUGGCAGAAUUUCAUUUAUUAUUAACCAUUUUGGUGUCUAGUUUUCUUACUCAGACCAUUUUGGACUUAGCUCAUGUCAAUGAGGAAAAUUAACAAUAGCAUAAGGGUAUGGCUUAAUCUUACAAGAAUGCAUCUUACUUCACUGAAAGAGAGAUGUUGACCAUGUAAAACAUGUAAAACACCCUCUUGCGUUCCAAUGGAGGGCACAACCUCAAGACAAGACAAAGAAAAGGCUCAGAGAACCGUAAGGUUUCGGGUGGCAUCUGCAAAUAGUGGUCGCAUUUUAACUGAGGUUUUCAAGGAUGACACUGUGACAUUGUGUGGCUCAGUGACAGACUCAGUUGACUCGGACUGCACCAGCAACUCGGAGAGCGAGCAGGCGAGCUCCCCACCAACCAGCGAGGCAAAUGGGCAUCUGUGUGGGCUGGUGGGCACAGCGCCGGAUGAUUGCGGGAGUGAUCCGGAUGACCUGCUUAUGUACGCUAGCACCAAAAAGGAGCUGCUCUUUAGCAACAAGCGCAUUAAUAUCUGCAGCAAGAAUGGGACUGUACGUGGUGUGAAGAACAAAGUCAGUGCAGGUCAAGCACUGUUCAACAACCUUUCCAACCUCUCCAACGUGUAUACAGGUAACCUGCGUGGCAGCCGACCUCAUCUGAAAAAAAUACCAUGGGAAAAAUAUGAUGGGAACUGAGACUGGGUCUACUGACACUGCUGGCUAUUAUAACACACAACCUUUGGUCGUCAAGAUUUGUGUUUAUGUAUUUACUUCAGGGACAGUCACACUAGGUCCAGUGUCUCAAUUACUCCCCCUAGUCCCUUAUGGUUUAUGCCCUGAAUGGUUGAGAUAAUAGGGAAUAAUCAAGCAAUCCUAAAUCCAAUACAGUAGAGAUCCAAACCCUACAGUUAUGAACAGACUAAUCCUCUAAAUACACCAUUAUUCUAGAGGCUGUGUAAAUCAGCUAUGCCAAACCCUGUAUUGGACAUGUGCUAUUGAAUGGAUGAAUUCAAAAUAAAAAUCUUAAUGUCCUACAAAUCUGUUUUUGAUCAGUAAAAAACCCCACUUUAACUCAAAGUUACAGUCCUAUGACUGUAAGACAACAUGUACUUCACCAUGGAAAAGUUAUCAGAAUGGAGCAUCAUAUUUCUUUGCUGAUGUUUAUAAAUACUUUCUAAGGUUAAAUGUUUUUGUAAGUGGGCUGCUUUUUGAGUGUAAAUUGGAUGAAAUCAUUUAAGACUGUAUUCUUGGAAGAACAAUGCAUUCUUUAUAUAGUAAAACCAUGCUCUUGCACUAUUGUAUUUUGAAGACUAAGAACCAUGUAGGUUUGUAAGUUUAUACACUGGUAAUAAUUCUAGCUUUUUCUUUCAUUUCCCAGAUGAAAUAUAUAUAUUUUUACCUUUAUUUAACUAGGCAAGUCAGUUAAGAACAAAUUCUUAUUUUCAAUGAAGGCCUAGGAACAGUGGGUUAACUGCCUUGUUCAGGGGAAGAACGACAGAUUUUUACCUUGUCAGCUUGGGGAUUCGAUCUUGUAACCUUUUGGUUACUAGUCCAAUGCUCUAACCACCUGCCACCCCAAAUAUGUUAUACUCAAUGUGUUUUUUCAUAUCCUGAAUGUAUGUUUUUUUAAGACACAAGAUACAGUGAAUUAUACUGUUAAAAUCAAUCUUAAAUAAAGUUUUAUAGCUUUUCGA